AUGCAUGAUUUUCACCAACUCAUUCACACAAAUCAAAUUCCAUUCCAAAACCAAUCACCAAAAAAGAGAGAAAUAUCAAUGGGAGAAGGCAGAAGAAGCCGCAAGAAAUGCUUAGCAUACGUUGCAGCAUUCAUAGUGUUCCAAACAGCCGUCAUUUUAGCCUUCGCUCUCACCGUUAUGAACAUCAAAAGCCCGAAGGUGAGGUUCAACGCCAUGGUUGUCGAAAGCUUCAGCUCCAGCAACAGCACCGCCACUUCCAUCAACAUGAAGCUGCUCACGCAACUCACCAUUAAAAACACCAACUUCGGCCAUUUCAAGUAUGGCGAGAGCACUCUCGUCAUACUGCACAAGGGUGUGCCACUCGGGGAGCAUGUCAUCCCCAAGGGGCGCACCAAGGCCAAGAAAACGCAGAAGUUUGAGAUUUCCGUGGACGUGAGCACGACCAAGGCAUCGGGUGGUGAAUUGAGAAAUGAGAUUAAUUCUGGGAUUUUGAAGCUCAGCAGCCAAGCAAAAUUGAGUGGGAAGGUGCAUUUGUUUAAGGUGAUCAAGAAGAAGAAAUCUGGGGAAAUGAAGUGUGAUUGGGACAUUAAUUUGGGCACUAGGCAGGUGGAAAAUUUGAACUGCAAUUGAAUUAUAUUUUACUUUCUUUUUGAAGUUUGAUCUCUUUGCUUUCAUUUGAGUUUGUAUUUUUUUAUAUAUAGUUUUUUUUUUGGUAUUUUUACUUGUGUAACUAGUGAUCUCUUAUUCAUUAUUUACGUUGAUUUAUAUUUG